AUGAAUAGCUCAUCCAUAAGCGGAGCUGUGCGUUUUGAACCAGUUGGAACGAGAUUACCCUCAAGACAACCGGGAAACGAAUGUGUCGCUUUCAAAGGCAUUCCAGUGUGCUGUAGUCCAGCCCACUGGCAGAGCCCAAACUCUCAUAGAUCGCUGCCGAACGAACAGCCAGCAGCCCCGACUAGAAUUCUACGAUAUCUGUGUGUGUCGUUUGCUGCAGUGCAGGAAACACGCAUCAGAGGUCGGUCCGUCAUCAGUAUUGGAGACUACGCCAUCGACUGCGUUAAUAUUGAUGAGAGGAAAGUAGAAAGCUGCACGAUAGCUGUAAGGAACGAGUACAACAAACUGGUGGAAGAAUUUCGCUCAACGUCGUCAAGAAGCGCCUAUGUACGUCAGAGUGGUCGCAGAGAACAGAAACUCUGGAUCUUGAGAAUUCUAAAGCCCACUCUCUUGAGUAACCGCAAAAAACCGUCUUCGCUGUCUUGGUCGCAUUAUAAGGAGACCAUCAGGCCUUCUCGUCCAAGUUUACUUGAAGAUGGUCCCAGACCUAAACAGGAGAAGGCCACCUAA